AUGGGGGGAGGGGAGAGUGGGAUGAAGGAUGCGUGCAAGGUGUUCGAUGAUAUGGGUGAGAGGAAUCUCGUGUGUUGGAAUUCAUUGCUUGCUGGGUACGUUAGGCGCGGAGACAUGGGUGGCGCGCGGAAACUGUUUGACGAGAUGCGGGAGAUGAAUGUUGUCUCUUGGACAAUAAUGGUUGCUGGGUAUGCUCAGAAUGGAAUGUGUAGACAAGCGCUGAGCGUGUUUGAUGAGAUGCGGAGACUUCGGGUGGAGUUGGACCAGGUGGCCCUGGUAGCUGCGCUGUCGGCUUGUUCGGAGUUGGGAAAUUUGAAACUUGGCGAGUGGAUCCAUUCAUAUGUCGUAGAGAAAAUACGUGCUAGAAAUCAGCAAUCAUCGGUCACUCUGAACAAUGCCAUUAUACACAUGUAUGCUAGCUGCGGCUUGAUAGAUGAAGCCUACGGGGUGUUCAGGAAGAUGCCACGAAGAAGCACAGCCUCUUGGACGACCGUAAUCAUCGGAUUGAAUGGCAUUCUCAAAUUACAGAUCCAGUUCGUGGCCGGUGAUAGGAGCCACAAGCACACAUUGUCCAUACACGAGAUGCUUAGAAAGGUGAUAGUUCAAGCCGAGUCAGGAGGAGACCGGUCAGAUGCAUCGGAUGAGGCUUUGUGCGCUGCAGCCUAG